AAUGGAACGUGUCACUAUAACCCUGCCACGCGAGCCGCCACCUGCUCCAAGUUUGUUAGGCUCCCGUAUGCCGAUGAAGCAGCCCUGAAGGAUGCUGUAGCCAAUAUCGGACCUGUGUCUGUCUCCAUAGAUGCGAGACAGCCUACUUUUUUCCUGUACAAAUCAGGAGUCUACGAUGAUCCACGAUGUGCUCAUGUCACGAAUCAUGCGGUUCUAGCUAUCGGCUAUGGCACCCUGGAUGGGAAGGACUUUUGGCUUGUGAAAAACAGCUGGGGUGAAUAUUUUGGUGACAAAGGGUACAUACGAAUGUCCAGGAACAAUGGGAACCUCUGUGGGAUUGCCAACCAAGGUUCUUAUCCACAAAUAUAG